UCCAAGUUCAGAUUUAGUAGAAUAAAAAAUUAAACUCCAAACUCUUUUUUUUUUAUAAUAAAUGUUCUGUGUGUUGUUUACAUCUUGUGAUCCAAAGCCUCAUAUGUCUGCAUGAGAAUCUGCUUGCAACAUCGCAGACAGAUCUCCCAAAGACCUGCACUUUUGACCCCAUCCAUAUAUAUACUUAUACUAUAUAUAUAUAUAUAUCAAACGCCCCAAUAAUAUAAUAUUAUUCUUACAAGAGGGCCUCUGAAGAUUCUCUCCGAACAUGCAGAUCCUUCAAUGGCUCUUAAAGUUGGCAAAAGGUGCAGUCUGAUAAUCACAAUCCUGUCUCACCAGUCAUGCAUGAUUCCACUCUAAAUUACAAGUAAGAAGAAGAAGAAGAAGAAGAUCUGUUUCGUUUGAUGUCUAGGAUGAAGCAACAAGCAGAAGAUGAACAAGAACAAGAACAGCGGAAACAGGUUGUCUCGAGAAGAUUCGAUCCGAACAACAACAUCAAGGUCUUACCGGUAACAGAGGCAGCCAAUCUGAAUCUCCCAGCGAAACUUGACGACAACGCUAAAGAGAAAACGAAGAACGAGCAGACGAAAUCGAAGGCCGCCAUUUCCAGAAUGAAAGAGCUCAUCAGAUGGGUUUCAGCCUCCAAAUCCGACAAGGCAGUACUCAAGUUCAUCUCCCCAAAGAUUCUGGAGUUCGGAAAGAGAUCAACGCUUCGAAGGAGACAACCAGAAGAUGAAUCUCCAGAGAUUAGUUUAAGAUGGGAGAGUGAGAGUGAGAGCUUUCCCGCUCUCUCCUCCGUUGUUUACGCCGAGAUCCCCUCCGUGUCUUCGCCUAAGCUCGCAGUUUCCGUGGGUUCCACGCCACAUUACCAUCUAGGGCUCAGAAGAGGAAACUGGGUCACCACUGAUUCUGAAUUUGUGGUGUUGGAGCUAUGAACAGGCACUAAAGC